AGAAACAGGAGGUGUGGUCUAGUAAAAAAUAAUAAACAAUGGCGGCUGGUGGAGGAUCAGUAGUGAGCCCCAAGCCUCCAGAGGAGACUGAUAAUGUGAGGGUUGCCGUCAGAUCCAGACCACUCAGCCAGUCAGAGAGAAACAACAAUCACCAGUCGAUAGUAACCGUGGAUCAAACCAGAGGAGAAAUAACCAUUGUCUUGCCUGAUCCUAAGGGAAUGAGAGAACCAAAGAAAACCUUCACAUUUGAUAGCGUCUUUGGAGCAGAUACCACUCAAGCUGAUGUGUAUAAUGAAACUGCUAGACCAAUAGUGGACGCUGUCCUUGAAGGAUAUAAUGGUACAAUAUUUGCAUAUGGUCAGACAGGAACUGGUAAGACGUACACAAUGGCUGGCGAGAACAAUCCUGAGACCAGAGGAAUCAUUCCAAACUCUUUUGCUCACAUAUUCGGAAGAAUACACAAAUGUGAAGGAGAGACGAAAUUCCUGGUGAGAGUCUCUUACCUUGAGAUAUACAACGAGGAAGUCCGUGAUCUUCUCAACAAGAAAUCCAAGGAAGCACUCAAGAUCAGAGAGAGGCCGGAUGUAGGCGUGUAUGUUAAGGAUCUGCUGUCAUUUGUAGUGAAAGACACAGAAGAGAUGGAGAAAUUGAUGAGCAUUGGAAAUAAAAAUAGAGCAUUUGGUGCCACGGAUAUGAAUGAGAGAUCUUCAAGAUCCCACACAAUAUUCAGUAUAACAGUGGAACAGAGUCAGAUGGGACCUGAUAAGAAAGAGCACGUGAGAAUGGGAAAACUUCAUCUCGUUGAUCUAGCAGGUUCAGAGCGUCUCUCAAAGACAGGUGCUACUGGUGUCCGUAAAGAUGAAGCGGCCAGUAUCAACCGAUCCCUCACUAACCUCGGUAUUGUGAUAUCGGCUCUGGUUGAUGAUAAAAGCACUCACAUACCAUACAGGAACAGUAAACUGACCAGGCUCCUUCAAGACUCACUGGGGGGCAACUCAAAAACUGUAAUGAUAGCUAACAUUGGGCCUGCUGAUUACAACAGUGAUGAAACCCUCAGUACCCUCCGAUACGCUGACACUGCUAAGAGAAUUAAGAACAAGGCCAGGAUCAACGAGGAUCCAAAGGAUGCCAUGUUGAGAGAGUUCCAGAAAGAAAUUGAGAAAUUGAAGAAGAUGCUGGCUGAGGAAGAGAGAGAGAAAGAGGAGGAGGAGGGAGAGGAGGGGGAGGAGGGUAGUAUCAGAAGAGGAAGUAUAAAGAAUAAGAGAAAGAAGAAACAAGAUGAGUUAUCGACUUCAAUGUCUCCGAGAGAAAUGGCUGAACUGAAGAAACAAAUUGAAGAAGAAAGAAAGAAACUUCUCACUGGGAAAGACGUCGCUAAGGAAGAAAAGGAAAAGAUGGAACAAGAACUAGAAAAGAAAGAAGAGGAACUGGCCAAAGCCCAAGAGGAACAGGCUGAGCUUCAAAAGAGAUUGUCUGAUUUAGAAUCAAAAGUUAUAGUGGGAGGUGUCAAUUUGCUUGAACAGACUGAGAAACAAGAGAAACUGUUGGAAAAGUCGAGAAAAGAUUUAGAGAAAAGGAAGAAGAAAGAAUCCAUCUUAAAAGAACAACUUAAGCAGAAAGAGGUUGAGAGACAGGAUUAUCAGGUCAAGAUAGCAAACCUGCAAGAGACAAGGGACGUCAUAACACACGAAUUAAAGGACACUUGGAAGCAACUGCAAUCAAUGAAAGAUGAAUUGAUAGCAGUCCAGGAGGAGUAUCAAAGAGAGAAGGAGUAUCUUUUGCAAGAUAUUAGGGACCUUGAUAAACAAGUGGAGCUACAGGCACUGAUAAUGAAUUACUUCAUACCGCAAGAGUUCCAGGAUCUCAUUGAACAGCAUGUACAAUGGGAUGAGGAGGAACAAGAAUGGCACCUGGAUGGUAUAGCAUAUGCUGGUAAUAGCAUACAAAGAGAGCCAGCCCCUGUUCCUCAGCGUCCACCGGUCCAGUAUGACACAUUAUCAUGUUAUUUAUCAUACAAUACAGAGAGGGACUUCAUGUUCAUGACACCUGAUGGACUUAUAGCUGCUCCAACUGUAAAGAGCACCAGAUCAAAGAUUGGAAAGAAUAAGUCUGUCACACCUUCUUCUUCAAGCAAAUCAAAGAACAAAUCAUCAGACACAAGUGUUGUAUCAAGUGAGAGUCAGUAUCCAACUUCAAGAGGACUCAUAUCAAGACAAAAACACUUUGCAUGACACACAGAGCAAACAAUGCAAUUAAAAAAUAAAUAUCUUAUAGAAAAGAAGAUUCUUUAUAAGUCAUUGAUUUGUCACUCUUUGUAACUUCUCCCUGCAAAAA